AUGAAUGACCAACACAUCCCGAAGCGGCUGGUGCGCAUCGCUAGGGACGUGUCCCUGCUGCCGCCCGAGCUGCACGAGCCUAUUCUCGCCAAGCUUAGCUUUGUAGACAUUGUUCGCUUGAGCCGUGCCUCAACGGCGUCUGCCGUCUUGAUUGAGAGCAUUCGAACAAGUCCAGAAUGGAGAUGGCUCUUUGAAAGCAGGCUGGAAUCAAUCAAAAGCUCUUGGGAAGCCUUGGACGAGAUAUCGUCUCUUUGGCGCCACGCAGCCUUUACAGAAGUUUGGAAGAUGAGGCACGGUGCUGGAGAUCAUGGCUACUGGGAGCAACACAGCCACGGUUUGCGCAGUGUGGCCGUAGGCUCAAGCUAUGACAAGAGAUUCAGUGACAAUAGCCCUGAAUCCAUCGCGACAAGAAUUGAAAGUGGGAUGCGAGAUAUGGUUCCUGACCUGUUUGGAGUCUUUCUCGAUUUCGAAUGGACAGGGGCAGGGCCAGGGACAGGCAAGUGGUGGGAGAACGCGGGCCCAUGGGGCCUUUGGUGUUACGGAGGACGCCAGGGCCUAAAGGCUGGUGACCGCAGGGCAUUGUCCUUGUUUCUACCCAAGGAUGUCAGGAACGCUCUCCUAUGCGACGACGAGAUUCCAACAACCCUGGAUCAGAAUCAAAGCUGGGAGCAGUGUAUGCAGGACCCGCCAACAGAAGAGAUCCUGGACCUCUGCGCACACAAACUAGAACGCCGAGAGUGGUCAUAUGAAGCCGUCAUUAGCGUCCUCCCCAUCUUCCGACACGCUCUCUCGCUGCUCAAGAUGGCCCAAGCCGCUGAAAAUAAUGCAAUUGUGGCUCUCUACGACAGAUUUCCGAACCUUCUCAAAACUCCCAUGGCACCAAACUCACACCGAAAAAACAGGGCACAUAUCAGGAACUUGUUUGCCUUGGACACCACACGACCACGGAUGCGGAGAACCCGGCCCCUUGGCAAGCUGCCGUCGGAGUCAGGUAAGCCUUGCGUUGCGAUGUGGAGGGACUACCGUUUCCGUGGCCCCAAUAUGGCGUUGAUUCCGUACAACUGGUGUAUUCGAUUAUUCGAUACCGUUGGAAAACGGUAUCCCAUUUCUGAAAAUGGUAUGGAUUCGAUAUAUCCCGUGGAGAUCCACUCACAGCUUCAAACUGCACUUGCUAGCUUUGAAUAUAUCCACGGCCAUGGAGAUACCACCAACACAGCCCGACGCCCCAGACUUGGGCGGACAAUACCCGAGGAAUCUCCUUACUAUUUAAUGCAUUAUGGCAUAGUCUACGGAUGCCCGAAACCCCUGCAAGAGUUGGCGUGGCUAGAAGCCUUUACAGAGAGCGUGGCAUGGAUGCAGACGAGGUUUCCUGACGAAUGCCAACGGGCCAAAAGUGCCUCGUACACUCUAGGCCCGGCCAUACCAUUCUCACUUUCUGGAGAUAGUAUCAUGGGAGCCAUGGAGUAUAAACGGUUUAUUCGAACUGCACCUGCACAAGAUAUUGCCCGACAGCUGCAGCUAGAUUCUCAAAUUUGCGACGAUGUCGAUGGACAAUAUUCAAACUCCUCGCCCAGCUUGCUGGCAUUGCAUUUGUCGCCGAAGCCUUCGCCACUCAGCAGAGCCAUUGGAGCGCAUUUGUUACUGUCGGAGCAUCCUGCCGGGCCCGAGGUUCGUCAGUUACUCUACGAAAACACUCUGACGAAGAUUAUCAAGCACAUACGCGGUACAGGAGGACCGUCUUCGGUUGGGGAUGAUGGCAGCGCUGCGCAGUUCGCAGCUCGUGCAACCAAGACCUCCCGCCAAGAAGAGGCUAAGAAAAGGACUGAGCGGGCUCUACAAGACAGCAUUCGCAUCGCUCAAGACAUAAAAGCCUCCAGCUCCGACGAGCACGAGAUAACAGCCGCGUCAGACGCCAUGGCUGCGCUGAUGAAGCUUGUCACUUUGAAGGAGGCGUCGACAUCAAAAUCGGUUGAAGACGAGGAGAUGACACAUCAUCAAAUCCAGGCGGAUUACCAGGCCAGUCUUUCUCAGGAAACCAUGAAAACCCAACCACGAGCACAAACAUGGAAAAAACCAUGUUAUAUAUGCCGCUUCAUCAUUGAAACACCGCACGGAGUUUUCCCAUCCAUGUGUGUGCCAUGUGGUGAUUUCAAUGUCGCUGGCUCCAAUUUUACAAAGAAAACAUCGCUUGCGUUUUCUUCGAAAACCAGAGUGGCUGUAAUCACAGGUGGCCGAGUGAAUCUAGGCUUCCACACAGCGCGUCGUCUUCUCAGACAGCGCGUACGAGUAAUUGUCACCACUCGCUACCCCGAAGAUGCAGCGCUGCGUUUUGCUGAAGCAUUGAAGGAGGACAAGCACUUGUGGUCUUGCAACGACUUGGCCAUUAUUGGUGCAGACUUUCGAACCGCUGCUGACGUUUUUGGCGCGACGAAAGAGAUUAAACGCAUGAUUGAACGAUGGAGUGGAUGGCAGGCUGAGGACUGUGGUGUCUAUCUCCUCGUCAACAAUGCCGCACAGACAUUGACGGAUAGCAUUGCCAAAGAAAACACUGCUAUAGAGAGAGAGAAACUCUUGGCUGGUGAUGAACCCCGCUUUAUCAUGCCUAAAGCGUCUGGUUAUACACCGCGAGUCCGUGGUGGAAUUCGCGACCAGCUCGAUGGCACAAUGCCGGCCUCAAUGAUUACCGAUGGACAAUCAACAAGUACUGGCACAAAUACGGACAUCUUCGCUACCUCAGUCGACCAAGGUCCGUCAUCAUGGGUUCAGAGCCUGUCUGAGAUUCCCUAUGAAGAUGUCAUCUCCGCUCAUAGUGUCAACACAUUUGCACCGCUAAUCCUUAUCCGCGAACUGACGCCCCUUAUGAAGAAUAAUGGCGGGGCCAAGCUGCAAGGUCACAUCGUGAAUGUGUCUUCUCGAGAGGGCAUCUUUGAAAAACAUCGCGGAACCAAGGCCAAACACGGCAAGCAUGUGCACACCAACAUGUCCAAGGCUGGUCUCAACAUGAUUACAGAGACCGAGGCCGAGAUGCUCUGGAAGGAAAAGGGCAUUGCGAUGAACACUGUCGACCCGGGUUAUAUGAGCGCCGCGCCCGAGUGUGAAGACUCAUUUGACGGCGAGCGGCCAAUUGGAUGGGAGGAUGGCGCGGGUAGAGUCCUCUGGCCGGUGCGAUGCAUGGAGUUGGAAUACAAAAAGAGCAUAGACAAGACAACUGGAGGAAAAAACGAUAUGAAUCAGUACUGGGGACGCUUCUUUAAACAUUAUGGUGCGGUUCGGGUUGAGCCCCGAUUUGGCCGAGGUUGA